GCCACAGAGUUUUACAUAUCAAAUCAAGACGAUUUCCCAAUUGUUGAGGCUGAAAACCAGUGCUCUACUAGAAGCAAUGCAGACCAGAUCAGAAGACAAUGUUGCCAUGAUAAAGAAUUUCCUUCAGCUGAUGACCCAAACAUGUCUAUCAACUUGCUUACUGUUGCCAGUACAGGCAAUGCUGCUUUUCUUGAUGAGCUUCUAAAGGCAAGUUGGACCCUGACAUUGGAGACUCCAAAGGAAGGACCCCAUUGCAUCAAAGGGCAUGAAGAAUGUGUGUCAGUGCUCCUCAAGCAUGCCUGUAACAUUCACCUGCAAGCAGAUGUAGAUGGUAAUACUGCCAUGUGGGAUGCUAUAGCAGCAAAGUACCACUCCAUAUUUCGGAUGUUGUAUCAUUAUGCUUCUAUCUCUGAUCCCUACACUGCCGGUGACCUUUUAUGUACAGCUGCAAAGAGAAAUGAUUUGAAGGUGAUGAAGGAACUCCUGAAACACGGAGUACACGUUCACAUGAAGGAUCAUCAAGGGUUACGGCUAUCCAAGUCGCAAUGGCAUAAAACCACAUAG